ACCACGAUGGCGGGACCGCGCUGGCUGGUGGUCAUUCUAUUAUCGAGCGCCUGCCUCGGCGCUCCAAUCGACGAGCUCCUAUCGCGCCGCAGAUUCAAGGAUCACCUCCAGUUCACCGACGCUUACGAAGCAUCUCAUAUGGUUGAGGGUCAUCAACAUGGCGUCGGGGGCCAUACAGUGGACGCUGCACGAAAGGUAGCGCAUCCCUUCGCCUCAGAGACCGUCAACUCGGAGGAAAUUGCCACUGAGAAGUCUGUUAUUCCUUUAUCUGCAGAAAGCGUAACCAAUAUGUUAAACGAGCUGAUAGAAGCUCCGGAAGACAUCAAGCAGGAACUGGUAGAACAGACGUCGAAAGAAAUAACGAAACAGCUGAAAAUGACAAGGAAAGCCGGGAUGGAGGAGCUCGAAGGAAGCGAAGAGGAGGAGGACUCGGAAAGUGAAGAAAGCUCACAUCCCGACCUCAAUCAGUCCGUACUUCACAUAAUAGAGCUGAGGGAUAUGAAUAAAGAAGAGGAGAGCGAGGAAGACGAUGAUGGAAGAGUCGUGCGCAGGAUUAGAAUAAGGAAAUUAAAACCAGAUUUGUCACAGCGUGCAAGCAAGGCGUAUGGAAGCAGGAAAAGGGGAACAUCCAAACAACUUGGUAGUUUCAGAUACGCAGUGAAGAACAAGAAGUCAGAGCAGGUGUUCGGUCACCAGGCCAUGUACGGCGAGGCGAAUCAAAGUGGCAGCUAUUUCGUUCAGUUCGCAGAUGGUCGAAUACUGUACGUUACGUAUACGGCUGACCACCGCGGAUAUAGGCCCCUCCUUAGAUACUUCGAUAGUCGUGAAGAAUUAAACGCCUUUUUAAGGCCCCAUUCACAAGGAGGCCAAAUCUUUCCACCACGUACAACCACCGCCGCCCCAGUGAGGACGACAGCUAAUGCCGUUCUUCUCACUACCGAAAGCCCUGAUGGUGUUUUGCCUGCCGAACAUUCUUCCGAGGUCCCCGUGGAACAGCCUCUUAUUACAGAUGAUCUGGACGCUGAGUCUUCCUUGGAUGUCUCUUCAGAAGUGGUCCCCAGUACUGCCUCGCCAGUAGAUGAAGCACCUCUUAAUGAUACACUAACGACGUUGCAAGAUGAGGAUGCCCUCUCCUCGGACCUAACGACAGUAGUGCCUACUGGAUUGUCUGCAGAUUUCAGCAGCACAACCUAUGUAGAUACUUUAACAACAAUUUUACCAGAUACGGUGACUCUGGUGCCUGAGUUAGACCAAUUCAAUAAUGAUACUUUGGAUACCAGCGUCUCUUCUGGUGGAUAUUCCGAUGUAGAUAAUGAAGAAGCACUUGUUACCACAGUACCUGAACUACUCGAUGAGGAAGUUGAUGUGACCAGCACUCCUGAAGAAGAGACCGUAGUCACUACCACUGCCGAGGAAGACGGAAUUUUGAUCACCAAGAUGCCUGAAGAAGACACCUUGGUGACUGUUAAUCCCGAGGAAGGAGUCGAGGAUGAUGAUUUCACUCUAAAUGAAAGUGAAGAAGUUAAUCUGGUCACCAGUAAACCCGAGGAAGACUCUUUGAUUACUAAACAACCUGAAACAUUAGUUUCAAGUGUGGAUGACUCAACAGAAGGAUCACUGACCACAAGUAUAUUCGAAGAGGAGAUAUUUACCACUAGUGAACCUGAAGAUAUUUUAGUUACGACCGAACUUGUGGAGGAAUCUUUAGUAACCAGUGAAACUACUGAAAAACCUUUUAUCGCCAGUGAAAUAAAUACAGAAGUUUUGGUUACAAGUAAAAUAGAAGAAGAUAUGGAGUCUGGUGAAUCCGAUGAAGAGUAUUUCAUUACUGAUAAACCAGAAGAGGAAGUUAUGGUCACUAAUGCACCAGAAGAAGGAUUUUUGGUUACUAAUGUCCCUGAAGAAGAUUUGCUUACAAAUACUUUUGUUACCAGUAAUCCUGACGAAUCAUUAGUUACUAGUGAUUAUGGAGAAGAGUUUUUCGUUACAGGCGUACCCGAAGAGCAUUUUGGCAACAGUGAACCAGAAAAAGAAUUGCCAGCCUCCAUUAAACUCGAAGAAGACCUAUCUACAACAAGCAAACCAGUGGAAGAACUGUAUAUCACUAAUGACCCAGAAGGAGAAUUUCCGGUUACGGCUGAACCUGAUGAGGAAUUUUUAAACAACAGUAAAUUUGAGGAAGAUUCUUUGGUUACAAGCAACCCAAAAGAAGAAACUCUUGUCACCAAUGCAACGGAUGAUAUGAUGGUUACCAUUGAACCCGAAGAAGAAUUUCUGACUACUGUUACACCAGAAGAACCUUUCAUCACCAGUGAUCCUGAAGGCCAUUCAGCUACUAGUGUAACUGCUGCGGAAACCUUCGCCACUGACACACCAGAUAGAGAACCUGAAACCACUGACAGACCAGAUACGGAAUCUGAAAUCACUAAUCAACAUAAUGAAGAAUCUGUUACUCUUAAUUCAGUCAACGAACAGCUCUUCACUACCGUUUUGCCAACUGACGAUGGAAGUGAAGAUAACACAGAAAGGCCAGACUCACUUUCUGAAAUAGACACAGAAAAAGUUGUAGAAGACUCUCCGAUUAUUCAAGAUGAUUCUAUGCUCGAGGUCGACAGCAGUGGCCUCUUGGAGGAGACUCUUCAUGAUAAUAGUACUACGAUCCCCGAAGAUGCUGAAUAUAUAUUAAAUGCUAAUGAUACUCACACUCCUAAUACAGUGGAGAUGGAAGAAGCUCAACCACCAAUGAGUAUGAGUGACGUUGAGGAUAUUACACUACAGCCGGCUCUGCAGACCGAUGGACCUCCAGUUAAAGAAGAGGAGUCUCCAUCAUCAGCAAACGAUGCAAACGACAAACAAGAAGGAAACGUUAUCAAUAUUUUACCACCUCCAUCGCUUUCUGAAAAAGCUCUUUAUAUGGAGAUGUUGCCAAAGAAUUUGGACAUGAGCAUUGUUCCGUCAUCUGAACAAGUCCACAACGAGACACAGGUUCCUUCGAACACUAGCAACGCAAACGCAAUUCCCAUCAUACCGCACGGAAACACCAGGCCAGAAUACGUCGCUAUAUCUGUACUUCAGAAAGAUACGGGCGUUGCCCAACUGCCCGCAGACGCCAAGGAAAAGCCUUCCAACCAGCACGACGCAGGGGAUUUGACAUCUUUGCCUCGCGAAGGAACGUCUACCCAUCACCAGCAAACGCGUGGCCCCACGACACAAUCUCUUGUCCGUAAAGCGGUUAACCGCGCUAGAAACCUAUCCUCCCGAAGAACUUCUCUUCUUUUCGGCAAGCGAAGGCCCUCAGCCCUCACGAGGAAGCUCCGCCCUUCUCUUAAAUUGUCUGGCCAAAAGAAGAGCGAAGAUGACUCCGCUUCGGAAUCGCUGGGGAACCGUUUUAAAUUCCCAUCGCGGAUGCUGGGUGCGGAGAGGCGUGUCCCGACCACACGCAACGCUCGUCUGUACCAACACUGGCUCAAAAGACAAUCCAGAACUUUAGGAGCGUUAAAAAACAGAAGGUUAUUUAAAAACUAGGGGUAACGAUAUAAGCUUAGUUUGAAUUAUCUUUUAAGGUAUCUUUUGUUAAAAGUCAAGCUUAGCAACACGUAUCUGUGAUUAUGUAUAUUUUACAGCUGGAGGUUACACUUUCUCAUAAACAAACUCGGACUCAUAAGUGGAAGGAUAACAUGGAUGUAUAGAAAUUUCCGUUCGGGGACGUGAAGGUCUUGAUCAGCUUGAAUGGUUUUAAUUAUAUAUGCGUACUUCUUAAUCAUACAUACAUGCAUAAAUAUAAAUAAACAAAACACACAUGAGUGUGUGAAUGUGUGUGUGUGUGUGUGUGUGUG